AUGCUUCCGCACCAAGCCCCCAGCGAGAUUGUCUUUCCCGUCUCCGUAGCCUCGACGCAGGAUCCAUGCGUCUUCCGUUACGAUCAUGGCCCCGUGAAAUUGAAAGCUCCGAGGAGGAGAGGUCGUCCAUUGGGCUCUACCAAGAAACCCAAGCCGAAGGAAUCUCCAACACGCGCUAGUGGGGACACCCAGGAUGGCGCUGACUAUCACUUCAUCCACAUGGCCGGGGGUGGUUCGUCAAGUACUAAUAGCAAGCCCGGCAAAAUUAGCGAUGAAACACGCGCGACUAUUCGAAAACAUGCUAUGAACAACUAUGUACACCGGAAACGUAAAACAGCAAGCGAAAUAAAGCAGCCUCAUGCUUUGAGCCCCGUACACCAAAUCAAUGACGUUGAUCCAUUCGAUGCUUUCCCCGUCAAGCUAGAGCCGUAUAUGCUGGAUCUGUUAAAGUACUAUAUGACAACAAUCUGGAAGGAGUUUUACACCAUUGAGAACUAUACUUCGUUCAAUCCCAUGUCGGAUUACUGUCUAACUCUAGCUUUCGGUGAUAGUGCAUUGAUGCAUCUUCUCAUUGGAUGCGCUGGUUCGUACGCUUCUCGAAUGGGUCAUAUGCAAGAACAGGCAAUUCCUGGGACGCACAUGUACCGGACUUUAACGAUAAUGAAAACCCGCAUUGCAACUAUGCAGUCGGUGACUGACGAAACUAUUGCUGUUGUGGCAACAUUAGCCUACGUAGAGAAAAUUAAAGGUUCCUAUAAUAAUUGGCGAAUACACAUGGGCGGUCUCAAGAGGCUAGUUGAUCUUCGCGGCGGAUUGCACUCUCUGGAGUCAAAACCGAUAAUCAUGAGUAAGAUAUUCCGAGCCGACCUCUGUGGCUCUGUAGACGCCCUUGAAAUACCUUUCUUCUCUUGCUACUAUCUACCUCCCCCUUCAAGCUGUGCCACCAACAGCUCCCAGAACAAGAGCCCCAUAGCCACCGCAGGCUUCAGGACUCUUGAUAGAAUACUGAUGCUCGACGAAAGGAUAAAACACUGCGUUGAUUGUCUAGACGAAGCUAGUCAUCUGAUUGCAUCCCUCAUGGAAAAUAGAAAAGACUACGCAGCUGCAGCCAAAAUCCGAUUCCUCGUUACAAAAUCACAGUACCAGCUGCUAUCAACAGAGAAAUAUUCGCACCCCAUGCAUGAAUUGUGCAGACUAGUACUGCUCCUUUUUGCAGAGAGUUUGGUUAACCCGAGCCCGCCACACUUGCCCCUCUGCGAUCUGCUUCUUGCGAAAUUCCGAGACUUGUGGAAAGAUUCCACUGAUAAUAAUAAUGAUGAUAAUGACGAUGAUAAUAAUAAUAUAUGCUGUGCUACUAUCAAUGGACAACAAUUUGCCUUGCCCCUCGACUUCAAGCUAUGGGCUAUGUUCGUUGCUGCUUCUACCGUCAGCGCGCCCAACCAUGCGUUGAUGGAAUGGUAUCUACGAUCUAUAGCCGACAUUGCCUCUUUGAUGACAAUUGGGUGCAUGGAGGUCGAUACUUGGAGAUAUGGGAUGAUGCGCAAGCAUUCCGGCGUCGGGGCCAAGAGUCAUGUUAUUUAUAACUAG